AUCACCGCCAUUCACGGACAGUAUCCACUCCAAGUGAAAGAGACUCGAGUAUAUAUGAACACAGAAGAGUUGUCUCAUCGGACAGCUCUGUCCCUGAAAUAACAAUCCAACCCCCGACGCGCGUCCAUAUCUGGGCUCCUCAGUCCCGAUCAUGCCAAUCACCCGCUCCCUGUGCCUGUACCUACGCCUCUCUCGUUGGUAGGGUCUAUGUAUGACGCACGACAGCUGCCAACCGGGUUUUCUGGGAACACCGGCGCACCGCCUCCAGGGGGACCUGUCAUUCCGAAUAUGGAUGGGAGAGAAGCGCCCUCGCGACGGAAUUCGCCUUACGCGCCUGCCCAGCCUGAAGGUAGGCGAUCGAAGACCCCCCAGUCUUACGUUGCCUCCCCAGUCCCUUCUGGCAUUUCCUACCCCGCACCGCCUAUUUCCAGGGAACCGACGCCAAACGCCUCCACAGAGCGCGAAGACCGUUCCUCUGCGCACGAACGCCGACCGAGUACAAGCCAGACGGCAGGAAUGACGCCUGCUGCGCGUGCACGGUCGUUGCAAUCAGGAGGAGGAGGUGGAGGGUCCUCGCGUUCGUCCAACAAACAACGAUCGAAUGCGUCGGUUAGCUCGCACCAGUCGUUUACACACUAUGACCCAGGCGUGUACAAUGACCCUGCGUAUUUGUCGAGUAACGAGUCACUAUUGGAUCCUCGGACGGGCGCAAAUACGACUGCGAACGCGGGUGGGUCGAGAAGGACCUCGUAGAUACCUCUCACGCCUCCUUCGCUUUCGUAUAUGACUAUGGGAACGACUGAAUGAUUUUAUGUAGUAUGUAUGUUUUUCGUACUCUCGUCGAGCAUGUUAAUUAUUAUUGUAUCACUCAAUUACUGACAUCGAGUAAUUCAUCGACCUGUAGGUCUAUAUAUCUACUUACCAGUAUGUUGUAUUUGAAUAUGAACCAACCGGCCCCUAAACAAACCGCUUGCUACUCU